AUGGGUGACGGCAGAAUACACGUCGAAGCCAUGUUUGGACAAGACAGCCAGGUGCACAGACUGGGGUACAAAGUCCGGCUGUACGGAUUCUACAUAGUCGCCUGGGGCUGUCUCCACUGGCCGGAUAGAGGCAGCGCGGAUUCUGCUUGCACGCGGGGAAUAGUUACGCUAAGCGCGCUCUCUCUCGAGGAGUCGGUGACGGUGGUGGAGAAAAGUACACUACAUACCGGUCGGCUUAAAGGAGCGAUGUUCCGUAUUCCCACUGCCGAAAGACUUGCAGCCGGCACCGCACCUAUGGUUAUGGAUCCCCGAGGUCUCGGAAUCAGACCGUUGGAGUGGACGUCAUCGGGGAUUUUAUAG